AUGAAACCACACGGAAAAGGCAAUAGCCAUUUCCACCCUCUCUCUCUCUCUCUCUCUUUCAUAACAACGUUUCCUUCUCUCUCUUCUUCCCCAUUCCUCCCCUUCAAUACAUUCCCUCCCUUAUUAUCUCAUGAAACCUAUCUAUCGGGCGAUCUUUUUAGCUCUCAGUCAGAUUCUCUUUCUAUUUACAUGAAAAGGAGAAAAUAUCCACCCUCUCUCACUCUCUCUCUCUCUUUCAUAACGUCCUUUCCUUUUCUCUCUUCUUUCUCCCUUCUGUCAGAAAGGAUAACAUUUCCGGAAUUCUCUAUCUAUCUAUCUAUCUAUCUAUCUAUCUAUCUAUCUAUCUCAGUCCUUUUCAUUAUCUAUCUAUCUAUCUAUCUAUCUAUCUAUCUAUCUAUCUAUCUAUCUAGGAUAUUUUUUGUCUUACCGAAUUUACCACGAGCUGUACAAGACUUUUUCUUUGGACAUUCUUCGGACGACGAAGACAAUCACGUCUUUGUUGGCGAUUGGGACAGCGAAUCGAUUCUAGAAUUCAGAGAUUCUGGGGAAUUGGUCGGCCAAUUUCCCUUAACGGAUGGAGGAGAGGGAUUCCGCCCCUGGGACAUGUGUCGCCUCCCCGAAGACAUUUUGGUUGUUUGUUGUCCUUGGGGGUCGGGAACGAGGGUAAAUAAUUGUAUUUUUUUUUUUUUGUCUUUGUUUUUUCUUUUCUUUUUUUCUCCUUUUUCUUUUUCUCUCUUUUUUCUUUUUUUCUCUCUUUUUCAUCUUCUUAUUUUCUUUGUUUCUCUCUUUCUUUCCCUUUUAUUUUUUCUUAAUUUCUUUGUUUUUUAUCCCUUUUCUUUUUCUUCUUUUCUUUCUUUUUUUCCUUUUCUUUUUAAUUUCACACUUUUUCUUCUUUUCUUUUUUCUUUCUUUUCUUUGUUUCUCUUUCACGCAUCAAAACAAGAAAUGUGUUUUUCUUUUUCUUCGUGGAUUUAAUGGCCAUUUCACCCUCUCUCUCUCUCUCUCUCUCUCUCUCUCUUUUAUAACGACCUUUCCUUCUCUCUCUUCUUCACCAUUCCUCCCCUUCAAUAUAUUCCCUCUCUUAUUAUCUCAUGAAACCUAUCUAUCGGUCUAUCUUUCUAGCUAUCUGCCAGAUUCUCUUUCUACUUACAAGAAAAGAAGAAAAUUUCCAUCCUUUCUCUCUCUUUCAUACAACCAGGCCUUCUCUCUCUUCUUCCCCUCCCUUAUUAUUUCAUUAAAUCAAUCAAUCAGUCAAUCUAUCAAUCUCACUCGCUCUGUCCUUUUCAUAUCUAUCUAUCUAUCUGUCUGUUUAUGUCAGUCCUUUUCAUAUACAUCUAUGUAUCCAAUUAAUUAUCUAUCUAUAUCUGUCAUUUUCCUAUCUAUCUAUCUAUCUAUCUAUCUAUCUAUCUAUCUAUCUUAUUAA